AUGACUUCGUGUAUACCCAAAGACGCUCUAAAGUCCCUCUCAGAACAGUCUGCAGCGGCAAUCAACAAUCUGGUCAGCUAUUUCAGCACCUUGGAACAACCUGAUCUAUCAGGCCAUCAACUGAAAAAAAUUGCCGCGGUGCUUGCAUUGCUGUAUGAGGAGGAUGGAAAACUACGCGUUCUUCUGACAACGCGUUCGCGACAACUGCGGACGCAUGCUGGACAGACGGCUUUGCCAGGGGGGAAAUGGGAUCCGACAGAUGCAAGUCUGGCAGAAACCGCGUAUAGAGAGGCCAAUGAAGAAGUCGGGCUGCCCAUUAAUAGCCCUUGCAUCCAUACGUUGGGCCUUCUCUCUCCAUUCAUCUCGCUGCACAAGAUUCUAGUUACUCCAGUCGUGGCUUUUCUUAGUGAUAACAGACUUCUUUCAACUCUGAGAGCAGCGGAAGCUGAAGUGUCCCAAAUAUUCAGCCACCAACUAGAGGCCAUUCUCGAUCCUUCUCUCGCUAAACAUGGCCCGCUUGUGCCUAUAGGCAGCGAAGACUGGCCCUAUGAAACGGAAGUAUACAACACCAGUGAUUCGGUCGUACCUAUGCUGGACAACACCGUGUAUAGGAUGCAUCGUUUUCGCACGUCUGCGUCUCCUAUCAAGGGGCUGACAUCUGAUAUCCUGAUCAAGAUUGCAGAGGUUGCUUUUGCACGACCGACCAAAUACGGACGGUACGCUCCAAGCCAGCUCAAGAACAUAGUGGACAUCGUUAAAGCAGUCGAGAAACAUGAUACUGUUAUGACAAUCCAAUGA